CCAAUCACUUGAGAUCGGUGAUUAUGCAAGAUAGAAUGAUCAAAUACCUUAUAUAUCAUUUUUACUAUUCACUGUUAUACUAGAUAGGUGGAUUCUAGGAUAUCCAAAUAUAUCAGAAACAACUUCGACCCACACAGCCCUGGCUGGCAGACACCGCCAAUUCAUCUACGGCCGUACGAUCCUCCCAAAAUGAUAUCCGACUGGUGUGUGAUGUGCUUGUUGCGUACUGCUUUCCCAAUAAAGAUGAAUCCGGUGGCAAUGGAUCUGUUGGGUCUCGCCAUCACGACCUACAAACAGUGUCUUCUGCGUCCCGUAACGAGGCAGCCGACAUGGUUACGGUGGACUACUCGAAGUUAAUCGGGUCUCAUGCCGAACAGAAAGAGGCCCUGGAGCGUCUUGACCCCGGCCUUCAGACGUACGGAUUCGUCUACGUUGUAAAUCAUGGAAUCCCGAAACAUAUCAUCGAAGACACAUUCAUAUGCUUCUUCACUCUUAACCCUCCCAUCAAGAUCAUGACUGCCUACUCACCAAGCAACGCCGUCAAAGACCACAUACCGAAUAUGACUCGUUGACGCUUUUGCUCCAGGACAGCGUAGGAGGCCUGGAGGUCCACGACGGGCAGGCAUUCAGGCCAGUUAUCCCUAAAUCGGGGGGCACAGUAUUGAACUUCGGCGAUAUAUUGGAAAGACAAUCGAGCGGGAGGUGGAAAAGUGCCUCGCACCAGGUGGUCAGUCCGAGGAAGGAAACAGUGGCGGGAGAUAUAAAUAUGGAUGGCAUCACGAGAGAUCGCUACGCUAUGGGGUACUUUGGACGUUUGGGCCCAGAGGUACUUGUCGAGACAUUUCCAGGAGGCGAGACCCCCGGUCAAUGGAAACCGAAUAUCGAAGACUGUAACGAGGGAAAACCACUGACUUCGCGCGACUAAAUGCAGAAGAGAGUGAUUGCUGAGUAUUCCGAGUAUACGAUGCGAUACUACAGUAGGGGAAGCCUAUUAGCACCU